AUGUCUGCCACAAACAGUGACACAGUUGAGAACCUUCCCCAACGCCUGACCAAGCAGAGACCCCCACAUAUCCCAGCUUAUGCAGAACCAAUUCUCUCUGCUGGAGCUCUGGGUUCCUUGCAGUCUGCAGCGCCACCUGCAGAUCAGGUGUACCUGCUACUCUCCUACAUCCCACUGUCUGUCUCGCAGGAGGUCUGCCAUAAGCAGGACACAGGUGAAACCCCUGCACCAAUACCUGUCCUAGCUGGUACCUCCACGGAGCUCAGCCAAUGUGUGACCAGUGGGGCAUAUUGGAAAAAGCCUCAUCAUCCUUCCAGUUUGCAACUCUGUGCAGGGAAGAUUGGAUUCCUGAUCAAGCCUCAAUGGUGCCUGGUGUUGGAGCUCACAUUCUGGCUAUCUGACUUCAUGGUAGAUGGAUUAGUUGUUGUUCUGAUGGCCCAGCUGAGGUUCUAUGUCCCCAACCUAGUUGAUUACUUUUACUGUGAUUUCUCACCCUUGAUGGUCCUGGCUUGCUCAGAUACUGGACUGGUCCAGGUGACUACUUUUGUUCUCUUUGUUGUCCUUCCUGACUUUCCCCUUUGGGCUGGUUCUGACUCUUAUGCUCAGAUUGUGGUGACUGUGCUGAGAGUUCCCUCUGAGUCCAGAAGGUUAAAGGGUUUCUCCACAUGCUCCUCUCACCUGGCUGUGGUGUCUACAUUCUAUGGAACACUCAUGGUCUUAUACCCUGUGCCCUCUGCUGUCCAUUUCCAGCUCCUCUCCAAAGUCAUUGCCCUGCUCUUCACAAUAGUCACUGCAACCUUCAACCCUGGUAUCUAUGCCUUGAGGAUUCAGGAGGUACAGCAGGCAAUAAGAAGGCUUCUCUACUGCAACCCAACUGAAAUGGGACCAAGGAAGAGGGCAGUGAAGAUUUUCUAUUUGAUUGUCUGUGAAUUUAUUAAUAAGUCUCCCACAAUGGACUGGACAUAG